UUAAAGCAUGUGGCCAGUUCCAGUCCGUCCUUUGUGCGCGUAGGAUUGUGUUCGAUCGAUAAGUGAAACUCUUGUGUCAUAUCGUAUCAUUUUUGCCGUUUGCGUUUCGUCGGGCUACUGAAUUUCCAAGUACUGUCCAUUUUCAUCCGUUUUGUCGAAUUCUAUAUAUUGUCGAUUCUGUGACUAACAUUCAUUUCAACAGAUACAAAUUAAAUAUUCGAUAUGUUUUUCAGUUGUCGCUGUUCUUCGCUAAGAAGCCGGUGAAAAAGAGCAUUUAGAAACCUGACAAGCGACCUCCGACCGUCUAUAUCAUCAUCGAGGACCGAACAGUAAAGCUAGGAAUACAAGCUAAAAAGCGCGUCGCCGUGUACCAUGAACCUCAAACAGUGAGCCGUGAAUCAGAAGUCGUGCUUGUUUUUUAUUUUUUAAAUAAACAAAUUUUUAUGUUAACGAAGUCGACAAUGUCGGAAUCUACACAAUAUCGUUAGCGCGAUCGCCCGUUAUAAGCAGUGUUGAAGCGCGCGCUAUUUAAAAUUCAAAAGAGACUUCUUUGCUUACGAAGUUGCUAAUAAGACUCUUCUGCAAUCGUCGAUCAAGAAAUACAUAAUACGGAAACGUGGGGUGUUCCGCUCAAGAAAAAAAAAAAAAAUGGCGUACGACGAUGUUAUCCUUCGGAUGGGCGAAUUUGGCCGUUAUCAACGCAGAGUCUAUCUUUUACUCUGUCUUCCAGCGAUAUCGUGUGCCUUUCACAAACUAGCUGGUGUAUUCCUCGGAGCCAAGAUGGAUUCCAGGUGUUUACUUCCGCACGAAUACGCAGAGAACGCCACGUUUUUCCUGAGUCAAGAUAUAUUGAACGCGAGUUACCCGUGGGAUUCUGAACUCAAAGGGUGGUCUCAGUGUCUGAGAUAUGAUGUUAUCGGCGCCCUACGGCCAAACGAUACGACCGUUGACGAAGCAAUUGGCGACCACGUCGAAAGGGGAGGAAGCAGCCAUUGCAAGCAAUAUGUAUAUGACCGAAGCAUAUACAAAAGUACAACCACUUCCGAGUGGGACUUGGUCUGUGACAAGGCGUGGCUGAGAGCGACGGGGGACUCGUUGUUCAUGGUAGGAGUCAUGCUUGGCUCGAUGAUAUUCGGCGGUUUGUCCGAUAAAUAUGGUCGUAGACCAAUUUUCUUCCUGUCUUUAGUCAUACAACUGGUAGGCGGUAUACUAGUCGCUGUUGCUCCCGAGUUUAUUUCCUACGUAAUCUUCAGGCUGAUUGUCGGCUCAACCACCAGUGGGGUGUUUUUGGUAGCUUACGUCAUAGCUUUGGAGAUGGUUGGGCCGAGAAAACGUUUAGUAGCCGGAGUUGGCUGCCAGUUAUUUUUCACUACCGGAUACAUACUUACCGCUGGUUUUGCAUAUUUUAUUACCGACUGGAGAAUGCUGCAAGUGGCCAUUACGGUACCGAGCAUCGCGUUUCUACUUUAUUGGUGGUUCAUCCCCGAAUCGGCGCGGUGGCUUUUAACGAAGGGUCGUCUGCAGGAAGCGAAGGAUUUGCUGCAACGCGCCUCGUUAGAAAAUGGCGUGGAGAUGCCCAGCGAAGCUUUAGAGACGCUUCUUAAUAAUAACAGCGAGGACAGCAAACCUGAUUCGAGAAAGCCCUCACUCUUCGACUUAUUCCGUUAUCCAAACUUGAGACGGAAAAGCAUUCUCUUGUUUUUCAACUGGCUCGUCAACAGCGGCACGUACUACGGACUGUCCUGGCAUGCGUCCAAUCUAGGCGGCAACGACUAUGUUAAUUUUGUAAUAUCCGGUGUAGUGGAAGUACCGGCGUAUACAUUUCUAAUUUUCACCUUGAACCGAUGGGGUAGGAAAAUUAUUCUUUGCGGCUGUAUGCUGUUGUCUGGGUUAGCCUUACUUGCCACGUUAUUCGUUCCCGCCGACAUGCCAUGGUUAAUCGUGUGCUUGGCGAUGAUAGGAAAACUCGCUAUCACGUCGUCCUACGGUGCAAUUUACGUGUUCACUGCUGAACAGUUUCCGACCGUCAUCCGAAACGUCGGGCUGGGCGCGAGCUCCACUUUUGCCCGAAUUGGUGGUGUUAUCGCGCCAUAUGUCAAUCACCUAUCGGAAAUCUGGACGCCGUUGCCGCUAGUUAUUUUCGGAUCCUGCGCUUUAUUCGGCGGACUAAUGUCUCUCUUGCUCCCGGAGACAUUAAACAAAAAGCUACCCGAGUCGAUUCAGGAUGGCGAAUUAUUUGGAAAGAAACCAUCCAAGAAGAAGAAGAAGAAACAACAAUUGGAUAUCGAUCAAUUGAACGAAAUAGAAAUAAUAAAGCCGUUAAAACCGCAGGAGAAGCAAAACGGCGUAUACGAGAAACAAAAUGGAUGACACUAAUUUUUGAGAAGCAAUGUCGGUAUCACACUCAAAAUAUGUAUUUGAUUCCCGAGUUUGAACUAUUUUAGAUGCCUGCUGUGCGCGACACGCCCGCCCGCAAGAAACCAAACGCAACGCGGUGCGUGCAUCAGACUCUGUUCGAACUUUUAUUAUCGAAGGAACUUGCUUCGAUCGAAUCGGGUUGGAUUGAAUGCAAAAGUGAUAAUUUGAUAUCACGAGAAACGGCAUACAUUUCACACGUAUACGUUUUAAAUAUCUUGGAAAAGUAGAUACACGACGACGGCAUUCGCUUUUGCGUUACUGCGAAAAAUACUACGCGUUACGAUACUUGAUAGAAUAUAAGAAUUCUGCCGACGAAUAUAUUAUUAGUCAAACAUUCGAACGUCCUCUCUAAAACAAAUGUGGCUACAAAUUACGUACGAAAUAUUGUAACUCUUAUCGGUACAAAAAUAAUUUGAUGUUUUGCAAUAUAUUCUCGCCUUUA